CUGGGCGGGUACGCGCGCGCGGGGCGCCGCCGGGGCAGGAUGGAGGGCGAGAGCACGUCGGCGAUGCUGUCGGGAUUUGUGCUCGGCGCGCUCACCUUCCAGCACCUCAGCACGGACUCGGACACGGAGGGUUUUCUCCUUGGUGAGGUGAAAGGUGAAGCCAAGAAUAGCAUCACUGAUUCCCAAAUAGAUGAUGUGGAAGUUGUUUAUACAAUUGACAUUCAGAAAUAUAUUCCAUGCUUCCGGCUUUUUAGCUUUUAUAAUGCUUCAGGUGAAGUAAAUGAACAUGCACUGAAGAAAAUACUUCCAAGUGUCACAAAGAAUGUUGUUGGUUGGUACAAAUUCCGUCGUCAUUCAGAUCAGAUCAUGACAUUUAGAGAAAGACUGCUUCACAAAAACUUACAGAAGCAUUUUUCAAGCCAAGAACUUGUCUUUUUGCUGUUAACACCGAGUGUAAUAACAGAAAGUUGCUCUACUCAUCGCCUGGAACAUGCCUUAUACAAGCCUCAAAAAGGACUUUUUUAUAAGGUACCUUUAGUGGUUGCCAAUCUGGGCAUGUCUGAACAGCUGGGCUAUAAAACAGCAUCCACUUCCUGUGCAUCCUCUGGCUUUAGCAGAGCAGUAAAAGCACACAGCUCUGACUUUUUUAAUGAAGAUGGGUCAUUAAAGGAAGUACAUAAGAUAAAUGAAAUGUUUGCAUCAAUCCAAGAACAAUUGAAAAGUGUAUGCCAAAAAGUUGAACAAAGUGAGCGAGAAGUAGAGAAACUACUAAUGGAUGUAAACAGAUUAAAAGAAAUCAAAAAACAAGCACAGAUUAAGGCACAAUCAGAGAAGAGUGUUCAAAAGGACCCUGAGGAGAAUGUUUUCCUUUGUCAAGCUUUACGGACCUUUUUCCCAGAGUGUGAAAUUCUUCAUUCUUCUGUUAUUUCAUUGAAAAGCAAGUGUAUAUCUGGAAGCCGAUGUCAUACCACCCAUGAUGUCAAUGUGGGAGACAACCUGACUUUAAUGGUAGACUACCUGUCCACUCCUGAAGCCAGUCCAGCACACACAGCGCAGACAGUUAAACGUAAAGACCCAGACCCGGGUGAUGGGUGGCGCACAAAGAGAGCACGAGUGUUGGAGACAGCAAACCGACCACCGUGCGCUGGAAGUGGCAACGCCAACCCAGAAAAAUCAUCUACUGCAAGUAGUCCAGAAACAGAAGAGGAUGUUGGGAACAUGGAAGGUUAUGGUGAAUAUCCUCGGUCUCCCACAUUUUGAUCUCUAAAGUGAGAUUUUUUAUUUGGCUGAAAGUUAAGGCCAAUUGUUUCUAUUUUUACUGUGUACCUCC